AUGCUCGACCACAUAUCCCCCUCCUCUGACACUCAGUCUCAACCGGAAUUCAACAAUCCCGUGGUCCUCAAACUCUUCGACCAACGAUACGCAACACAACUCAGACGAGAUCAGAGGGUUGAUCCGUGGACAAUGGAUAUCGAGCAGCAGUAUCGGCGGUUUGUUUUCGAUGGACAUGCAUCGGAGUUCGUCGAUAAGCUUCAUUCGAACGACAAUCCGGCUGGUGAGGAAGGGGAUACGUGGGAUGGUGCUCAGAAUGAGGCGCUUCUCUGUGAUUAUAUGGGGGAUUUGUAUGAGACUGAGGUUGAGGUUUAUGAUACCUUGAAGGAAUUACAGGGGCAGGAUGUUCCUAGGCUAUUUGCAUGCGUUACUGUGCCUGGGCGUGACAUCUCAUCUCGAGAUACAUUGGCUACUAAAUACAUGGAUAUCCCGGGAAUCCUUUUACCGUACAUCGACGGCUUUCCCUUAACUAGUAUAGCCAACCACGCCCCAAAACAAACCUGGUAG